AUUUCUCUGAAACAGAACUAGAAUAUAGGAGUUUGGAUGUUUUGGACCCUAAAGAAAUGCUUCAUUUUGAGUAGAUAGAUGUAUGUACUCAUAGACACACACUGAUUGGACAUAGCACAAUGUAGACUGGUACUCACAUAUCAUGUGGAACCUCAAAAAUUUUUGCAUCUGUUUACAUUUUUUUAAUAUUUAAAGGAGUUUCUCAAUCUUGGAAAACUGAAGAAUUACACAGAGAAUAGUAACAACAUGUCAUCUCAAAAAUGUGAAAGGAAGAGUGGGAGAGGGAGGAGAGGAGGGAGGUAGAGGGAGGAGGAGGGGGGAAAGAGGGAGAGAGAGAAGAGAGAGAAAAAGAGAGGAGAGAGAGAGAGAGGAAGAAGGAGCAGGGAGGAAGAGAAAUACCAUGCUAUUCUUAAAAUUGUAUCCAAGAACUGCGUUAAAUCUGUUCUCUUUAUGUUAGAGUAAAUAAAUAAAGUUAAAAGAGGAAUGAGGUGCAAGAGGCUCCUGUGAGGAUGAUGGAGUCUGUGUUGAUGCACCUCAACCUCAGAUCCUGUGUCCCCACUCCACCCCACUCUCCCUCUUGCUCAUCACCACUGCCAUCCUCACUUCCCUUGGAGCGCUCCUGUUGUGUAAUAACAGCCACGAGGGGGUCUUGGCCCUCAUCAUACCCUUGACAUGAUCCAUACUUCCACAAAGUACCUCGUGGCUCUGGGUCUCUGGAUAAUGAGCCCUUCUGUUUCCAGUCCUACUUGGACAACUAGAAAAGAACACCCUGGGGGGGCAGUGCUGUGGCAUGGCAGGUGAAGCCACCACCUUCAGUGCUGGCAUCCCAUCUGGGUUACUGGUUCGAGUCCUAGGCUGCUCCACUUCCAAACCAGCUCUCUCCUAUGGCUUGGGAAAGCAGUGGAAGAUGACCCAUGUCUUUGUGCCUCUGCACCCAUGUGGGAGACCCAGAAGCUCCUGGCUCCAGGCUUCAGACUGGUGCAGAUCCAGCUGUUGCAGCCAAUUAGGGAGUGAACUAGUGGAUGGAAGACUUCGCACUCUCAUUUUGUCUCUCUGCCUUGCUUUCUGUUUGUAACUCUUUCAAAUAAAUAAAUAAAUAAAUGUAAAAAAAAGAACACCCGUGGACCCAUUCUCCUUUAUAGCUGCUUUCAUUUUAUUUACCGCAUUUAUUCAUUCUCUUAUAUUCCAUCUCCAUUAAUUGGGUUUAGGCAAUUUUGUUCUUCCAAGGUAUUAGACUUGCUGACUGGUUACUACUUGAAACAUGAUUGGAAGUCAAUUUAUACAGUAGGAGAUCAUUACUUAUUAAAGUAGUAGAAUACAUACAUGCACUUUAGGGCAAAUGCUAAGUGGGAAGGAAACCCUGCUUAGAGAUGCUAAUAAGAAGUUUCAAAUGGACUAAAUGAGUCCUACUUGGGACCAGAUCCAUGCACAGUGUAUAUAAAUCAGUGCUUGCCUGCAACAUAUAAAUGGUAGAAUUUCCCCUAUGUGAGCAAUGGCUCCUCAGUGAUCAUGUAAUUAUCUCUUUCCUGGUAGUCGUCUCAACCACUGGCAUCAGAGAAUGAUUCACAAACUUCAAGAUUUCCUCUCCUGGGAGUCUCAGAGGACCCAGUACUGCAGCCCCUCAUAUGUGGGCUCUUCCUCUCCAGGUACCUGGUCACUGUGGCUGGGAACCUGCUCAUCGUCCUGGCCAUCCUCUCAGACCCCCACCUCCACACACCCAUGUACUUCUUCCUCUCCAACCUGUCCUUGGUGGACGUCUGCUUCACCUCCACCACCAUCCCCAAGAUGUUGGUGAACAUCCAGACACAGAGCAAAGCCAUCAGCUAUGCAGGCUGCAUCACCCAGAUGUUCUUCUUCCCGCUUUUUGCACAGCUGGACAAUUUUCUCCUAGCUGUGAUGGCCUAUGACAGGUUCGUGGCCAUCUGUCACCCCCUGCACUACAUGGUCAUCAUGAACCCCCAGCUCUGUGUGCAGCUGGUCCUGGUAUCCUGGGUCAUCAGUGUCCUGCAUGCUUGUUACAAAGCUUAAUGGUGCUGUGGCUGUCCUCCUGUGCACCCCUGGAAAUCCAUCACUGUUUCUGUGAACUGAAUCAGGUGGCCCAUCUUGCCUGCUCUGACACUUUUCUUAAUGACAUGGUCAUAUACUUCA